ACGAUCUGAUGGGAUCAGAUGACUUGGACCUGCUAGAUGCAGCAGAUGAAGAUUCCGAAAGCGAAGAAGAUGGAAGUUAUGGUGAACGUGUUGAUGGCGACCGAACAGUCUCUAUUACCCUCUUGCGUGAAAAAAUGUUCAGUCAAGGGGGUAUGCGUCCAGUGGAUGUCGGCCAAGGAAUAUCAGCGUUGGGCGUUGCUCCGCCCAUGCAAUCCAAUCAGGUCCAUGGAAGAUAUGCACAAGUCGGUGACACAGGAUUGGAGGGCAAUGUGAUCGGCAACAAAGUCUCCAUGGCAGCUGAUGUAGGUAUUGAUGCAAUAGGUGGACAGGUGGAGAAAGGGGGUGACGGUGGCAGCUGCAAUAGUGAUGAUUAUUCUGUCGAGGGGGUAAGGAUGGAAGAUACCUUCACCCCAAGCAGGGAAAGUGACUUGUUCACUGAUGAGCAGCAGCAUUGUGGAGAGGGUGCAGGUAGGCUGGAGGAUAUGCUGACUGGGUAUGCGACCGUAAGAGUGAAAAAGAGCAAAGCGGUUGCCGCAAGCAAUAGAAGUAGUGAUGCCUCGGAUGAACUAGCUGCGGUUAAUGAGAUUAAGAGGGAGGUGAAAAUGCAUGCCAUGGAAUUUGCGUCGAGGAUUGCCGCCAAAAGAGAGUUACCAUCGCUACUAGCUAAGCGUGCUGAUGGGGCAGCAUGCUCUACUUUGUCUUUUCGCCCAUUGUCUAAACAACGCCAAGGAGACCAGCGGGCUGAGGUGGAUAGGGAUAGUAAGGAGAGGAAGGAUGCCAAGAACGCAGACUCCGGUUAUAUUGAUGAUCGUGGGAGUGAUAGUGUAUCUAUGUAUGGCAGUGGGAGCUGGAAGGAAUUAACUGGCAAGGAUGAGUCUACAACAGUGUCGUUUCCGGCUCUAGAUGCUGCGAUGGCAGGUUACACGGCUGUUGGAUUUAUGGGUCUAAGAAGGGAUGGGGAAGCAGAGCAGCAGUUGCCGCAGCAGCGUCAUGUCGGGGCUGCUAAGUCAGACCAUGCUUAUACAAUGCCUGUACAACAGCAGUCGAGGUUGACGAAUCGGGCUGUACACCCCGAUGGUGAGGGGAAGGAGGCUUCUUCUUCAAUGCUUCGUGAAGAGGAAGCAGAUGGAACGUGUAAUGACUGGUCUCAUCCUGUUUCCACCACUGCCAUGGAUGACGGGUGCGCACGGGCUCUGGUGCCUGUGUUGGAUGCUGUCGAUGCUGACUUCACUGAUUGUGUGGGUUCUGGUUUUGUUGGAGGCCGUGAAGGGUGUACCACAGAAGAGGAGGAAUUGCAGCUCCAGUUGGAGUCAGCAACGAGUAAGAACAAAGAUGAUGAGCAAGCUGCCGGUGUUCGCGAUCCCUAUUGCGGCGGGGAUGAUGGUGUUGGCAGUGGUAGAAACAAGGAUCAUGUUACGACGGGGCGCAAUGCUGCGGGUGCGGUUCAGACAGCUGUCGCACUUGCACCUGACAACGGGCGGGAGGACACCGAGGAGAAGCGUAAGCAGUUUCAUGCAGGGCCAUCUGGAAGUACUUCAAGAUAUCUGCCGUCAGCGCUGACAAACGGGGUUUUGAACUCUGAUGGAAAGGGAAAGAAGGCUUCUUCAAAGCUGAGUGAAGAGCUAGUGGAUACAACUUGUGACCUUUCUCAUCACGAUGCAAGAAGAGCUUUGGUGCCUUCAUUCAAUGAUAGUGUAGCUGAGAACACUGCUCCCGUGUCAGGUCUUAGACCGGUUGAAGACUGGAGGAAUGAGGCAGAAGCCUCUCAUCUGAUAAAUGCAAGUGCGUCCUAUCGGGGUAACCGUCAUCAAUCACCUGCUAAGCAGCCUGUUUAUUGUGCUGAUAUGAAGUCUGCGGCUCCCUGUGGCUCCGAUUCUGUUGAAGAGAUGGCUGAAACAUGUGCUUAUUCUGCCUAUGGCGAUUUCACACGCCCUCUGAUGCCGUCACUGGGUACUGUGGAUGACGAUGCCACUAAUUUUGGGAGGCCUGAUCUCCUCAGAGACAGAAGGAAUGAGGCAGAAGCCUCUCAUCUGAUAAAUGCAACUCCCUGUGAAGAGAGGGCUGAAACAUCUGCUUAUUCUGCCUAUGGUGAUUUCACACGCCCUCUGAUAUCUUCACUGGAUGAUGUGGAUGGUGAUGUCACUAAUCUUGGGAGGCCCGAUCUCCUCAGAGACAGAAGGAAUGAGGCAAAAUCCUCCCAAAGCACUGUUGCAAGUGAGUCCUCUGGGGGCGAUCGUCAUCUAUUCUCCACUAGGCACCCUGCUAAUUGUGCUGAGAAGAAGUCUGCCACUCCCCGUACCCCUGAAUCUGCUGAAGAUAGGGCUGGAACACGCACUUAUUCUGGCUAUGAUGAUUUCACUCAAGGGCGGGUACCUUUGCUGGAUGCUGUUAAUGCUGGUCACACUGGUUGUGGGAGGCCCGAUGUUGUCAGAGACGGGAGGAAUGGGGCACAAGCCUGUCAAAGCACUAGUGCAAGUGAGUCCUUCAGAGGUGAUCAUCGUCCAUCGUCCACGGGCCAGCCUGUUUAUUGUACUGAGAAGAAGUCUGACGCUCCCUGUGCGUCUGACUGUGAAGAUAGGACUGAAACACACGCUUAUUCUGGCAAUCAUGAUUUCACUCGAGGUCUGUUACCUUCACUGGAUGCUGUUGAUGCUGGCCUAACAAAUGUUGUGUACUCUGACUUUGUCAGAGACAGCGAACGCAGUGAACACGGAUAUGCAAAGCCUUUGCAUGAGGAGUCAUCACGACACGCCUGCGAGGAGUUGGUGGAAUGCUCCAGAAGACCCAACAGUAGCAGCAAUGCUGAUCUGGCAAAGGGAGCUUUGUUGCAAGUGUCUCAUGGGGGAAACACAGCAGAGAAUCCUUCCUCAUAUUCUGUCGGAAAGCAGGACUUUUCCACAAUGACCGCUCAUGUCAGAGGCCAGACUGUAAAUGGUACAGUAGCAAACAGUUGUACCCCAGAGGAGCAGUCUAGAGUUCGUAAUGAAGGGUUGUCUGCAUUUCUUAGCCGUUUGGAUGGCACGGGUGCCGUCAUGCGGGAGAGUAAUAGCACAACCAAGUUGACAGGUGGAGCUCUGCCAUCAUCGGAUCGUGAUGAAACUUCAAGCUCCCCUGAAAAGAAAAACGCUGCUUCGGACAAAGCUUUCAGCUUUUCAGAUGAUCGUGGUCUUGGUCAUGAAACGUCAUCUGCAUUUGUUGACCGGUUGGAUGGAACGAGUCUUGCCAAGUGGGGUACUGAUAGUGCUAUCAACCUGACCGGAAGAGCUUUGCUGUCGCUGGGAGGUGAUGAAUAUUUGAGAUCCCCGGAAAGGGAAAACGCUGCUUCUUACCACACUUCUGGGUUUUCUGAUGGUGGUGGCUUCACAAUGGCUUUCUCGCCUUCUUUGGAUGGCGUUCUCGCAGAUUACAAUGCCAGAUGUACUGGUUUGAGUACUGGAUUGGCCACGCUGGGAGACCAGGAAGAUGACCCUCCUGGUUGUUGUGCAAGGAACACUCUACGAAGAUCGGAUGACCCUCAGGGCGGUCCUUUGGACUCCAGGACGUUAGACUGUUCUCAGGCAGGAAACAACCAGAAAUGGAAAAAUGGGGAUAUCGCUGAACCGUCAGGGACUGUGUCAUCAGAGCAAGGCAAAGUGGCUCAAAGUGAUGUUGAGGGGCUCAACAUUGGUGUUGUCUCUUCUCAAGCAGAGGAAAACAUGUCUGAUUCCCAGCCUAAACCAGAAGGUGAUACUGUCAGUUCUGUGCCGUUAUCGAUUGAUGCUGUUGGUCCGAGCACCACGGGUAUUUGUGCAGAAUCGGCACAAGAGCCCAGACCCGCUACGGGCGGCGCAGGUGGAAGCAACAGUGUCAAUCCCCUGCUGGGCCUGAGCAUGCCGAGAUCUCUGUCAGGAGUCCCAUCACAACUGCAGUCUCAUGGGGGUGCCACCCAUGCGCUGACGAUGACGAAUGAGACAAGUGAAGAGCCAGAUGCAUUACCACAGAACAUUACUCCAGAGUCUGCUCGAGAAGUCGAGAGUGCCGCAGACCUGUCAUCUGAUCGGGAGGUGGAAUUCACAACAGAGAACAAUCUGGGGAAAUCAGUGCAGGAAUCGUGCAGAGGCAACCACGCAGAUGCUGCUGCAGCAAAUUAUGUUUCUUUUGAUGUAAUGGGGAAGAGUACGUUGCUGGGAUCAUCAGAAGCUGCUGGGAUCAUGAGAAGUGUUCUGGAGUGCGGAGAUGACUACAGGAGAACUACUCCUGCAGGGUCAUCAAAGUGCUCCGGAGGGCUUGGUGAUGUCCAAAGGUUGGAGAAUGGGAGCGGUGGACACUCUUUUCUGGAAGCUGGGCAUGUGAAAGACAUUUCACAGCAGGAGACAAUAUGCGGUAAUGUCUUGUCUCCUACUGUAGCUACAGAUUCUGCAGUGAGACAAGCUCCUAGAGAAUCAGCAAGGGACUCAGCCAGCGACCCAGUGGAGCUCUUGAGAGGCCAGGGAGAUGAUGUCACAGCAAUGUCAAUGCACGGAGGAGGAAAUCUUCAUGUGCAGUAUGGCAGUGUAUACUCAGAGCAGAAGACAGCAGACCCUGGUACACACAGGGAUACGGGUUCAACGCCAUUGUCUGGUGAAGUACAGAUGUUGCAGGCCGCCAUGUCGGCGUUGAAGAGCGGAAGUCUGAGCAGGAAGAGGCCCGUUGCAAGUUUUGGUGAAGUUCGUGUAGAAAAUCAUGAGAAUGCACCAAAAGUUUCAAUACCUGAGGUAACGAUGUAAAUCACUGCUUACAAUCCUUUUUGGUGCUCCUUGCAGUCUUUCGUGAGCUUUGUGAAUGCACUUGCUUGAAUGCCUCCACAGUUUACCAUCAACUAUCGUCCGCAUAAAGCGUCAAUCAAUUAUGCCCCUCUUG